AAGGAGAGUUUGCGUGCACGAGUUGGGGGGUCCCUUCCUUGCAGGCUGUCCCUGGCCCCCACGCCUCGCGGGCAGCUCCAAGACUCAGCCAGACCCUCCUGACCCCCCCCCCACCAUUUCCCUCUCUCUACCUUUCCUCUGAAGAAACAACCAGGCGUUACGUCAGAAAGUGCAGGGCAAGCAAGACAGCGUCUGAGGAGCUAUUCGUAGGCAUUGCUGCCAAACCCGGCUUGGGGCUGCUCACGAGCUCACUGCAGUCAAUGCAAUUUACAAAUCCAACUCUAAAACAGCAGCAGUAUGUGGUCUCUGUUGCUGGCACAAUUGCGCACAAAAAAAAAAUCAACAGUGUAAACGGUGUAAAGAUAAAGAGUAGGCUGGUUUAUCCUGUAGCCUCACUGAAAACACCAUGACAUGAUGAAGCAACAGAGAUUUUUGACGCACAGAGAUUUCUGCAACAUUUUUUGCGUUUGAUACUUUGCUGAUCUCAAAAACAACAUGCCCCACGCUCGAAAUAGGAACCCUAGCCCCAUCCCAGAGGUAACAUGGGACACGGGGUUGAAGGAGAUGAACGAAACCUGGAAAGGAGCUAUAGCCUGUCUCGGGGUGGCAGUCUUCUUUGUCAUGACCAUCGGGAUCAUAUACUGGCAAGUGGUGGACCAGCCCAACAAGAACUGGAUCCUCAGGGGGACUUUUAGCGGACUGAUCUGGGAGAGAAGAACCCACUCGCUGGUCAUACAGACCCUGACGGAGGACAAGACCUAUGUGGAGAUAGACGUUGGAAACGUGGGGAACCCCGACAUCGAGGUUCCCUUCGUGAGGAACUUGUGCUGGCUGAAUAAAACGGAGUUCUGCUAUACGUGGGACUCGGUGGCCGAGGUGAAGAUCUCGCUGGAGGUGAAUGAGGAGACGGAGACGGAGUGCUACAGUAUGACUUGGGUGCCGGUGCACUGUCAUGUGGAGCUGAAGGACUGCUUCUCCAUGACCAACAUAUCCUGGUAUGGCGGCGCCAGUGUCCGGGGUCAGACCUGGCCGAUCAACGAUCAGAAUGCCACCACGCAGCCCUUCACUGUGAGUGAUCUUAAGGACAAUCCCUCUGGCUUUGGCUCUGCCCUGGAACGCUACUUCCUGGGCUCAUCAGGUGUUGCAGUGCUUGUGUCUCCUGAUAUCCCACUGCAGCUCGGGGUGGACAGCAGACAGCAGUUCUGCCUGCAGUCACUGCCCAGUAUGGAGCGUCUGCCUUUACAGUACACUGUGUGUGUGGCCCAAAACGUGAAAGCUGCACACCAAGAGGCUGUAAAACAACUCUCCCAGCACAACAGGGAGCUCCCCAACAUGAAAGCACUGUGGCUGCCAUUCUGGAAGCUGCUCGCCAGUGUGGACUCGGGGCCGAAGGUGGAGAGGGAGCUGAGGACCUUCUCUAAUCGUCUGAAGAGACACCAGCUGGGGGAGGGAGUCAUCAGCCUCAAUGAACAUUCCACCACCCUCCUCUCUGAUAUGGACCAUGACUACCUCAACAGCAGGAGAAGGGGGAUGUCCACGAGACUGACCAGGGACCUCCCACUUGUCAAGCUUCUUAACAUUUCCAUCACCCUGUCCCCUUUCCUGGGUGUGGACACCACACAGUUCCACACCUCCCUCAUGGAUGGCACCGAGGCCUACUGGCUCAGUCUCCCCUCAGCCCCUCAGGGACAGCUGAUCCCUGUGAUGAGUCAGUGGCGAGGAAUGUUCUGUGUAAAGCUGAACAUCACCAACCCAGGAGCGGUGAGCUGGUUCCUGGACAGAGUGGGAUCUCUGCAGGCCCAUUUAGGGAUGGAGUAUGUCAUGCUGGAGGGGGGUGAAGGGAAUCCGUUUGAGGAGCAAGCCCUGCGGCCACCGCAUGCUCUCGCUGGAGACAAGUACAUCAGCCUGCUGGCGGAUCUGGCCACAAGGAUAGGAGACUCCACCAUCGUGACAGCAGGGACACGGUCGAGCCACAAGCCUCUGUUUGUGAGGAUGACCCCUUUGCAGUCCGACUGGAGCCCAAUGGGCCUGAAGGGCAUCAUUCCCUCCCUGCUGCACCACACUCUGCUGGGAUACAACUUCCUCAUUCCUGAUGCAGUAGGUGGCUCUCUGUCUGGAGACCUAGUCACUGAUGAGGAGCUGUUCAUCCGUUGGCUGGAGAUCACAGCCUUUCUCCCGGUUAUCAGCUUUCACACACCACCCUGGGUGUGCGGAGAGGACUGGGUUCUAAACCUAACUCGGACAUACAUAGCAAAGCACCAGAGGGAUGUGGUCCCACUGAUAGAAAAGUAUGCAGAGGAGUGGCGAAUGACAGGAAACCCCAUCUAUCGACCGAUGUGGUGGCUCAGUCCCAGCGACCCCGUGACUUUUACCAUCGAUGACCAGUUCCUCAUUGGAGACGAGGUCCUGGUGGCACCGGUGGUGGAGAAGGGAGCUGUGCAGAGGGAUAUCUACUUACCUGAUGGGGGCUUCCAGUGGCAGGACAGCCAGAACGCUCAGGUGUUUGAUGGGGGCACGUUCUUACAGGACUACCCUGUGCCCUUGGAGGAAGUGGCAGUUUUCCUACGGAGAAGCUGAGUCCUGUGACUGAUCCACCGAGUCACCUGACUUAUCGUGUUACUGUUUUAAAUCAAUUUUUUUUUUCAAUACUUGUGCUGUUCUCAAAUUGCACUUUUCCACUAAAGACCAUUGACCCAGUCUCAAGGUGAUGUCUUGAGAUGACAUGUAGAAAGGUUUUUUUUGUUUGUUUUUUUUUAUACUUGCACUUUACCGUUCAAAAUGAUUUGUGUUUUUCUUCCUUUUUUAAAAUGUUAAUUGGUUUUACCUCUCGGCUGAUUUGUUUCCGGACUUUUUGAUCUGUUCUGCUUUUUUUUGUAUGUAACUUCCGCAGAAAUCUGUGUGUUUACAUACUACAUUUCUACAGUCUUUAAUUUUUUUUAGCUGCUGCUGGCUCUCUUGAUAAGGAGGAACAAAGCAAGCCCCUUGUUUGCUUAAAAAGAAUCUGAAACUCUCAAGAAGACCAAAUGAAGAUAUAGAACGAGAAAGCAAAAUGUUUGAAGGGUUUUUUGGCGAGGAAGUGCCUAUUGGGAGGAAGUUAUCUCACAGAAAGCUUUGUAGUGAGACUGACGCGCCGUGGUACCAUAUGUCUUGCUCAUCAUUGGAAAGGCUUUUACUUGAACUUAUCAGGCCAACGGGCCAAUAUUUUAUGAAUGUACCUCAAGAUAUGGUUUUUCACUGCUUUACAAAUACAACAAACUAUCACCCCUUAGCACUUAGACUAGUUUAACUUGUCAACUUACCACUCUGUUGGACACGUCUGAAUGUCCACUAGUACUGUAGGCCAGAUGAACACAAGGCCAAGCCACUGUAUUUGUAACUCUGGAUAUAUUUGAAUUUAGAUGAGAUGUUGCCUUCUUACUAACCUGCUGUGGUAAGAUCUUUUUAAUGGGCUGCUCAUUUUUUGUCUGAUGUUGUGCUGAUAUGCUAUUUCACAUUCAUGUGUGCCAAAUUAAGAUCAAAAGAUAGCCUUGUUGCAGAUGUUCAAAGGAGUCUUUUUAUAGAUAGUUCGACAUGUUGGGAAAUACACAGCAAUUCUCUGCUGGCUAGCUAGCCUGGUCCUAAGGUAAAAACACCACCUUAUCAGCACAUCAAAAGCGCACUAAUUAAUGUGUUAUAUCUCGUUUGUUUAAGCUGUACAAAAAUCAAAGUGUAAACAUAUUUGGAUGUGCUGAACUACUGCUUGGCCAGAAGCAGUGACUUCCUCUACUUUCGAGUUUUUAUGCUAAGGUAACCGUCUCCUUGAUGUAGGCUUCCUGUUUAACAUUACAGCUACGAUAGUGGUUAUCAAUCAAUCUAGGCAAAGGAAAAAAGUGUUCUUCCCAAAAUGUCAAACUAUUCCUCUCAUAGGUCAACGUAGGGCAAAGAGCUCUUCAGGCCCCAAAAUAUUAUGAAUAUUGAUGCUCUCAUAUGUGACAAACAUCUAAUACAGCCAUCCUGGAUUUAUCAGAAAUUGUUGAAAGUGUUAUCUGACAUUUAAUAUCAUAGAGGUGCAGUGGCCAUAAACCCUGACGAGUCAUGAAUUUCUGCUCUCAUGUGUACCUCCACUCAGCUUACUCUUUGGACUGUGAUCGUAAUCACUUCCACUUCCAUCGCUUGCUUUAGUUCAGUAGAGUUACUUGAUGAAACAGAAUUUUUUCAUUUGAUUUGAACCCUGACUAAAUGUUUUGAGUAAAUGAUAUGUAAAUAAUAAAACCAACUUGUGAUUAUAUUUAAAAACUAACCUAUGGAGAAAUUUAACCGCCUUCGUACCAUUGCUUUAUGUGUCGUUAGUUAGUGGACAGUGCUCUUUGGUAGGGCUUGUUUUUAUUGAUUUGUUCUACGCAAGACAAUCUUAACCAGCAGUGAUGAUACAGACUCUUUAUCACUUAGUGAACGCUUCACCACUAAAUUGAUUGUGUAACUUCGAUCUAUCAAGUUUACUGUGUCUACUCAAACACUCAGGUCUACUGAAGCUUAUCAAAUCACCAAAUGUCUUAGUGCAACACAGUAUGUUGUGAACACAUUGACGUCUUAAUCUCUCCUAGAGCUGAAUGUACAAUGGACAAACUGUGAUUUCCCAACCGAGCCCUUCGUGCAAGGGGCUUGUCUAGCUCCCGUUCUAAUGCUUUUAUGGAAUGCUGUGGUAUGUUCACGUAUAAGUUGCGGGAAAAGCUUUGAUGUGUUAUUCCUUCCCUCUACAGACUGAUCGAACCAUGUGCCUUAAUAUGCCACUCUUAAAUCUGGACAACACGAGUGUCUGGAUUAUUGCAGUAUCAGCAAUGUACAUAUUACGAUGACUGUGCCAUUACAAGUGUUUUUCUCUUCUGUAAAUCAGAGAACAUAGAAUGACAAAGUUGCAAUAAAGUUUAC